AUGCCCCGCCUCACUCUCUCGCUUGAUGAGGAGCAGGAACAGUUUGACGCGCAAGUUGCUGCCAUCGAGAAGCAAUGGAGUUCUCCUCGCCAGGCGCAUCUGAAGAGUGCGCCUACCAUCGCGGCACUCCGAGGCUCGACCGACAGCAUCCCGCGGGCUUCUUCCACUCAGGCGCUCAAGCUCUGGGACCAGCUGAACGAGCACAGCAAGAAUGGCACCACCGAGCUUACAUUUGGCACCACGGAGCCCACGGUCGCAUCGCAGAUGGCCAAGCAUCAGCAGACAGUCUACGUGUCGGGUGCGCUGUGCGGAUUUUCCGAGGUGGCCAUUCCUGGCAUGGACCACGCCGACUAUCCAUGGGACACGGUGCCCAAGGUGGUGUCCAAGAUCUUCAAGUCCCAAGUGUGGCAUGACCAGAGGCAACGCCAGUUCCGAUUCCGACACGCCAAGGCGGACCGCGAGGGUUUCGAGAACUGGGAUUACAUGGCGCCCAUCGUGGCCGACGGUGACAUGGGCUUCGGUAGCCUAACCACUACCAUGAAGAUGGCCAAGGAGUUCGUCGAGGCCGGUGUGGCCAUGAUCCAUAUCGAUGACCUGGCCAUCGGCAUGAAGAAGUUCACCGUUGGCCAGGGUCGGACCGUGGUGCCCACCAGCGAGUACCUUGACCGUCUGCGCGCCGUCCGCAUGCAGUUUGAUAUCAUGGGCACGGAGACGAUGCUCCUGUGUCGCUGCGACACGGACCACUCCGAGUUCAUUACCAGUGUCAUUGACGAGCGCGACCACAAGUACGUUCUCGGUGCUACCGUCAAGAUCGAACCUCUGAGGACGUGCCUUGACAAGGCCCUCGCCGAGGGCAAGGACCUAAGAGCUGCGAGGGACGGGUGGAAGGAGAAGGCCAGACUCCAGACCUUUGACCAGGCUGUUGAGGCUCUUGCUUCUGAUGCCGAGUAUGCCAAGUACAGAUCCGAGCUGGGAAAGGAGACCUCCCCUUCCCUCUCCACCAGGCGAGAGGUUGCUUCCAAGACAGUCAAAGCUGAAGUCUUCUUUGACUGGGAGCUUCCCCGCUCAUCUAUGGGACAGUACAUGUUCAGUUCGAACGUGCAGGCCGUCAUCGAGCGCGCCAUCCUCGCCGCGCCUCUAGGAGACGUCACCUGGGCGCGGAUGGAUGCCCCCGUCUGGAAGGACCUGGUGGAGUUUCACACCGAGGUCCGCAAGGUUUUACCCGAACGCCUGUUUGCUUUCGGCUACACGGGUGACUACGACUUCGCCAAGGCCGGAUUCACCCCGAAGCAAGUCGAGACGCUCCCCUGGGACCUGGCUAAGAUGGGUGUCGUCUGGCAGGUCCAGCCCAUCUGGAGUCUCCAGGGCCUGCACAUGGCUGCCAGCGACUUUGCCAAGCUCUGGUCCACUGAAGCAAUUGCCGGCUAUGUGCGCGAUGUCCAAGGACCCGCCUUGUCAAUGAAGCCCAUAUCGGAUGGGUUUGAAAAGCUCAGCUGGUGUGGAGGAUACCUGGCCGAUGCCUUCUUCGAGACGAUCUCGGGUGAGGAGGUUGUGGAGAAGGCGAAGCCGCCCCCGGAGAGACGCGUUAGAUAG